CCGCCGCCGCCUUUGCAGGUUGGCCCCACUAUCCUUAAUUGGCUUGAGCUUCUUUUUAAAGUGAGAGGAGAGCAUAUAUCACAUGAAUGAGAUGAAACUGGAAUUAGAUGAAGGCUGAGUCAUCACUAGAGAGUGGGAAGGGCAGCAGCAGCAGAUAAAAACCCCAAAGCUGAUAUCACAAACUCCCAUUUCUCCACGUUGGGGGCUAGCGGGGAGCCACCAUGAGCGAUGUGACCAUUGUGAAAGAAGGUUGGGUUCAGAAGAGGGGAGAAUAUAUAAAAAACUGGAGGCCACGAUAUUUCAUUUUGAAGACAGAUGGCUCAUUCAUAGGAUAUAAAGAGAAACCUCAAGACGUGGACCUGCCUUACCCCCUCAACAACUUCUCAGUGGCAAAAUGCCAGUUAAUGAAAACAGAACGACCAAAGCCAAACACAUUCAUUAUCAGAUGUCUCCAGUGGACCACUGUUAUAGAGAGAACCUUUCAUGUAGAUACGCCAGAGGAAAGGGAAGAAUGGACGGAAGCUAUUCAGGCUGUAGCAGACAGACUCCAGAGGCAAGAGGAGGAGAGGAUGAGUUGUUGCAGUCCAACCUCACAAAUUGAUAAUAUAGGGGAGGAGGAGAUGGAUGCUUCUGCAACCCAUCAUAAAAGAAAGACAAUGAAUGAUUUUGACUAUUUGAAACUACUAGGUAAAGGCACUUUUGGGAAAGUUAUUUUGGUUCGAGAGAAGGCAAGUGGGAAGUAUUAUGCUAUGAAGAUUCUGAAGAAAGAAGUUAUUAUUGCAAAGGAUGAAGUGGCUCACACCCUCACCGAGAGCCGGGUAUUGAAGAACACGAGGCAUCCCUUCUUGACAUCCUUGAAAUAUUCCUUCCAGACAAAAGACCGUUUGUGUUUUGUGAUGGAAUAUGUCAAUGGGGGCGAGCUGUUUUUCCAUUUGUCGAGAGAGCGGGUGUUCUCCGAGGACCGCACGCGCUUCUACGGCGCGGAGAUCGUCUCGGCCCUGGACUACCUGCACUCGGGGAAGAUCGUGUACCGGGACCUGAAGUUGGAGAAUUUGAUGCUGGAUAAAGAUGGCCACAUAAAAAUCACAGAUUUCGGACUUUGCAAAGAGGGGAUCACAGACACGGCCACCAUGAAGACCUUCUGUGGAACCCCGGAGUACCUGGCGCCAGAGGUGUUGGAGGACAACGACUACGGCCGGGCGGUGGACUGGUGGGGCCUGGGGGUCGUCAUGUAUGAGAUGAUGUGCGGCAGGCUGCCUUUCUACAACCAGGACCACGAGAAGCUGUUCGAACUGAUCCUGAUGGAAGACAUCAAAUUCCCUCGCACGCUCUCCUCCGAUGCAAAAUCACUGCUUUCAGGGCUCUUGAUAAAGGAUCCAAAUAAACGCCUUGGCGGGGGACCAGAUGAUUCAAAAGAAAUUAUGAGACACAGUUUCUUCUCUGGAGUAAACUGGCAAGAUGUAUAUGAUAAAAAGCUUGUACCGCCUUUUAAGCCUCAAGUAACAUCUGAGACAGAUACCAGAUAUUUUGAUGAAGAAUUUACAGCUCAGACUAUUACAAUAACACCACCUGAAAAAUACGACGAGGACGGCAUGGACAACGAGAGCCGGCCGCACUUCCCUCAGUUCUCCUACUCGGCGAGCGGCCGCGAGUAGGCCCCGUGCUGCUGCGUCGCUGCCGCCCGAGACUCACACUGAGAACGGCUGCUGGACGUCGGACGGUCCCGGCUCCUCCACUCAGCAGGCGCCUCCAGACACCCCGACCGGCCCAGGCCUCACCCUCGCCACCUCCGCCCGCCUGAGAACACACAUAUACGCAAAUACACUCGACUUUUUGUUUUUUGCAUGAAAUUGUAUCUCAGUCUAAGGUCUCAUGCUGUUGCUGCUGCUGUCUUACUCUUAUAGCAACUUUCAGAGGUAACCUUACCGCCCUGGGAAGUCAUGAGGCCGCCGCCAUCCACCCGCCCACCAGUUGUCACCUUCUUGUCUUUCAGUUGUGGCUCUCCCCUGACAGCGGGGGGUAAAUGAGAUACACCGAUGCUAGGUACAUUUUUUUUAUUUUUAACUCUCUAGAAGCUAAAGCAGAAACUAAUUAGCCUGAGAAGAUUUAGUGUAUAAUUCAGAACGAGCGAUUGCGGAAGGGUGGCGGUGCGCAUGUGCCGCUUUCAGGAAAGCCUGAUUGCAGAGCAGAGCCUACAGUAGCCGUCGGCCGCUCAGAUCAGUUAGGAAGCAUUUGCAAGGACCGCACGACUCGGUACAUGCAUCCAGAUUCCUGCUGGAUCCCGUAGAGGAAGCCGGGGGGUCCCACGUGGACGUCCAGACCUCGCAGGCAGUCCCGGCAAACGAACAUGGAAGGAAGGAAGCAGAUGCACAGCUGAGUCGAGGUCAUCCCAAGGUCGCCGCUAGGAUCGGCACCCCGAGAGCAUGGCUUCCCUCGUGCUUGGACACCGUUGUCCGUGGUAAUAUUUCUCGCCGCUGAUGGCUGAAGAAUGUAGACAGGUGUAACGACCCUGCUUUUCACCAAAAUGUGUGCACCCAGGUAAACGGGCGUUUGCCACGUGUGUUUUCGUUUUCCAUUUCAGUUCUGCGUGAAUUAGCUUUUCCUCGGAUGUUAGAACUUUGAAUGUCCUUGUUGUGAUUUUGUUGAUAAUUGCAGUAGUAUUUAUUUUUUAGUGACGAGACUUGUAUGUCGUGGUAGCAAAUGCAGCUCCAACUGAACACAGAGUAGACGUACUGCAGUUUCUUUUGGCCCGCGUGCAAGGAACGUACCCGCCGACAGGAUUCAUGCACUUUUUCUCCUUUGGGAAGCGAUUUUGACGAGGCUCCGAGAUGGGACUUGUUGGUUAGAAUUUGGCGCUGGGAGAAGAGAUGCUGUCCUCCAACCCCUUGGUGCUAAGAAUGAGAACAUCCCCAGCUCACCCACGCCAAGGGGCGAUGUUUGCCCAUCUGAGAAGGGAGGUGUUAGGACGGCCAGGCAACCAAUGAAACGGCCCACAUGGAGACCUGAGUGGCGAUCAACGAACCUACUCGGCCGAAUGCAUGAACACAUCUCAAGUGCUGGCGGAGGAGGCAGGUAGAGAUAAGAGCCUAGUGUGUUUGUUCUGAUCAUGGUACAUUGAUCACUGAAUUAAGCCAUCAGGGAACACCACAGAACACAAAGGAACACCUCCGACCUCCCUUCUUCUGUACAUACUCCUGCCCCCGCGCUCCACCGCCCCCACGGACAGGGGGCGCGUAUGCACACCUCAUCUUCCCCCUCCAUUGAUGACGAUCUUCAGAUUCAACCCUUUGGUGCUAGGAGCUGACACUUUCCAAAGCAGCCGAUGAGACCCAGGGGCGGGGCCUGGAGAUGUAUUUCAGUUCCACUCCCUGAUCGCUCCCACGGGGAAGACCACGGCGUGACGUAGGCUGGUGACCGCACUGGGGGGCGGGCAGGCGACUUGGGAGCGGGAUGCCUCAUUCUCACACGCAGCUGUCUUAGCCGCGACGCCGGGAGAGCGGACUCGCGGACGGGAAACCACUGCUGGCGAGGGGGGGCCGCUGGGACUGCCGGGGGUUAAAGGGCAUUUUCCUAAGGCAGCUAAGACAUAUUUCACAUCGGUUUUAUCCUGAUUUUUCAUAUUCCUCCCCAAGCGAGGCUCGUCCUUAGUACUGAGUAGGAAGUUGCAGUCGUUGGCAGUUCACUCUUCCUUACACAUAAUGGCUCCACCUUUCAUUUUUUUUCCACUUGGAAUUACGUUGAAUGUUUCACACUGACCAGAAAGUAGACUAGAAGGUAUGUCUUGUAAGUUGUCUUGCAUUCGUUUGAUAAAAAAAACCAACCAACCAACAGGUGAGAGGAAGGGGAGAGAGCUGGGACUGGCUGCUCACGGCCUGGGCUCCCUUAGUGGGAGGUAGGACUCCACACACUAAGCACAUCGGUAGCUUUCUUUUUGUUGCUUUUUUUUUUUUCUUCUCCAAACGUGAAGGUGAUUCCCAUGACCUUGGCCAAGGACGCGCCCUAGAGACUCAAGGCAGCGCGGACAGUGCCCAGGCCGGCCACUCCUCACCGCCGGCCCCCUCCCGCCGGUGCUCGGCCCCGUCACCGACCCCCAGGACUCCCCUUGGGUCCCGCUGGGUGUUUCCUUGGCCUCGAUCUUGAGAAUCAUCCCUCCUCGGGCUCCCAGAUGUCGGCCAGCCGGCCCGGAGGCAGAGCGGGAAGGCGGGCGAGCGCAGAGGGGUCCCCAGGCUGCCCGGGUCCGCCCGGGGCUGCGGUUCGGGUUCGGGCCGGCGGCCAGGCCUGAGCCCCGGAGUCGUUCUCGGCGCAGGUGGGAUGGUGCGGGCUCCACCUUGAACUGACGUCCGUGACCUCUGCCCUCUCGGAGGACCUGGGCCGUGGAGGCGGGCAGGGCCGCUCGCCGCUUUGCUUUCUACACGACCACACGCACCGUUCAGUAUUGUUUCCCACCUCCCACCCCCGGUUUCUGGCUUCUUCAAGCUGACUGUUCUCACGGGGGCCCCUUGCUUCUCCGGGGGACGGAGCAGGGCCCCCCUCCUAACUGCAGGGUCUCCACACUUUGCUGCUGCUGUUUGUACCGUCUCCGGUAGAACCUCCUCAUCUUGCUCCCGGGGGUGCAUUACAGGCGAGCAUGACAUGUAAAGUAUUUAUUUAAAUAAAAAGAAAACCUCUCCACUGGUCAUUGGAUUACCUCCCUGUAGCUGUAGAGCUUGUGACGUUUCUCCACCUUGCUAGUUCUCCCGUUAGAUCCGCGCGAGAUCUAGUCGCCCGGGUCAGGGUGUUAAGCAGGCGCAACUCCGGACCCAAGGAACUGUUAUCACUAUGACUGUCGGUCACCCCCCAACUGUUUCUCCCCUCAAGUCCAUGGCCCACACGGAUGUGAACUAACGACGAGGAACUGUUUUUGUACACUGUACAUCCUUAGUAUUUUUACACGUAUCGGCUAGGGGUGCCCGUCUCUCCCUCCGUACAGACAGCUGAAAUAAAGCACUGUGUCAACUGCUACUUCUCCGUU